CCGCCUCCGUGUCGAUAGCUACACGUGCGUGCUCGAUCUCCAUCGACGACCAUCGCAAUACGUCCGUCACAAACUCCUUAGACUCUGGUCCUUCGUACGAGAACGUAGCGGCAACAUGCUCGACGUGGCCACAAGAGCAGCCGGCGGGCUGGCGCGCUCGCUGGUCGUCGCCGCCUUCGGCGCAGCCGGUACGGUGAUCGGCGGCAUGCUCGGCCUCCUGUGGGGCUUCGUCAACGAGGACGCCCUGCUGCAGGGCGCGGUCGUCGGGGCGGUCACCGGCGCCCUCGUCUCCGUGGAGCUCGCCGACUCCCUCCUCAGGAUAUGGACCUGCGGCGACUGCUCCAUGGACGAGCGCAUCAAACGCACGAGGCUGGUGCUCAGGAGCGUGGCGGCCGGCCGCCUUCUGCGCGGCUCGGUAUUCCCGACCAUCAGCGGUGCGCUGGACAGCCAGAUCGAGGCGCUGCAGCAGCACCAUUCCUCCCGAGGCGGCCUGUUCGAGCCGAGCUCUGGUCCGGUGACGGCCGCGCGGAGGGCCGCCGUCGAGAGCCUCCCGGCAACGGUGCUCACCAAGGAGACCGCGGGCGCAGGCCACCACACCACCUGCCCCAUCUGCCUCCAUGAGUUCCAGGCCGGCGAGAGCGCAAAGAGGCUGCCGGCGUGCGGCCACGUGUUCCACCUGGCGUGCAUCGACAGCUGGCUGCUGUGGAAGCCCCACUGCCCCAUGUGCCGGCACGCCGUCUACUAGCCUAUCCCCCGCCGCCGCCGGGGAACAAACAAACGGAGGAACGACGUACGGUCGCGUUGCUGCAGAUGAAGUGUAGUAGUAGUACAUGGGUCUCACGAAGCAGAGGACUGUGGAGUCCUCUCUCGUGACGAAAGAUAAAUUUUCCCACGAGAAAUGUGUUUUUUUGUGUGUCGUUGUACAGAGAAAGAUGCAGAUGCUGAGUUGAGCUAUACGUACCGCUCAAUUUGUGGUGAUGUCUCACUCCUGGAACAGGCAGGGCCGCAGCAUUCCUGGAACCAACUGUCUGUAUGUCGCUGAGACGGCGAGAGGCGAACGAGAUCACAUUGAUUCAGAACCUACCUAAUUAGCCGGGUUACAUCACAUGAUUACAUUGCGACCAGGGCGCGCGAAAAUGACCACUCCAACAGCUACAGACUCACGAAACAAACUGUGGUUGGAUAGUUAGCAGGAGAUAGUAUCCCGGUUCAUCAAAGUUUAAGUCCUAGAUUUUGGUGCUCACAAUUUUCUGUAAUUAUUUUAGGCCUUCUUCGAUGUGUGUUCAGUGAAAGAAGAGGUUUCUGUCGA